CGGUCAGUGCGCACUGACGUCCCGACUGACGAUCGUCUGCUAAUCACCUAACGAGCCAAUCGGCGAAGCAUUAGCCGCCCGUGAGCGAGCACAAGAGAGCGAGAGAUCCGAAGAGACGCAUAGAUACGUACCCGCACGCUCGCCGCUCUCAUCACUGCACACGCGACUCUCAUAGGAACAUAGAUCGCGCUGCACCGACGCCAGAGAGAGAUAUUGAGAGCUGAAGAAAACGAAAACAGAUAAAUGACGAUAAUGAGUAUAACUUCGACACGCUGGCUGUUAGCGGUGAUGCUCGCAUGCCUGCUAGCACAUGGGCAGACUCUACCCUUCCCCUCCAUCGCGCGCAAACAGCAACUCACCUCUCAACUCAUAGAGGAUCUGUCCACCGCCGCCGCAAACGACGUCGACAGGCGGUCGCUAGGGGGCGCGGCGAUGGCGGCCACGAACGCCGCGGGGUUCGUGCGAACGUGGAAGGGCGACGGCGACGUGUUGGUUCACGCACGUGAGAGAGGACCGCCGCACUGGCGGGACGCCUGGCGCGAAGGUCACGUGACACCGGAAAUCGAUGACGUCAUCUCGAACGGCGGCAAGCGGCGUGAGUUGGCGGCGCAGGAGAAGGUGGACACGCGAGUUACCGUCAGCUCGUCGUGGACGCGGCCAUGGUGGAGGGCGCAGACCGGUGGAAACCUCUCGAGGGACUACGUACGCAGACGAAGAAACGUAUCCAUACAGGAGGUGGAGCGACAGAUCGAGAAGCUGAAUAAGAGUGGGAAGGAGCACAGCGAAGUGUCGUUAGGUUUCCUAUACGAGCUAACGCAUGAACUGGGCGGUGCGUGAGCAAUGCGUCAAACGUAGGAAACGGAGUUUGAACGAAAUCGAAUUUGAAUUUUUAAAGCUUAAAAUUGAAAUUCCCCCGAGUGAGCAAAGUUGAAUUCGCGUGAAUAUCCGUUUGUAUUAUGUCGCAGUUUUAUAUUUAUUUAGCAGUUUUAGUUCGCGCCGAAGAAUUUUUUGUCAUGGCAGUCAAAUGAAAUGUACGAUGAUACGGAGUAAGGUGUCUUGAAGUAAAAUUGUCUUUAUUUAUUUAUUUAUUUAUUUAUUUAUUUAUUAGAAACGUAUCUAGUUUAUGAAGGCUAGUGACAGAUGCAGGUAUAUCCACGAUGCACGAUGUACGCGCAUGGUACGAUUAUCAACCGGUUCUAUUUAUAGUGAACGAUGUGAAGUGUAUGAACUGAUGAAUGCAGCAAUAAAGCUGAUUUUACUCAUCAUCAUAA